GUCCUCGGCUGGUUACAGAUAGGACAUGGUUGGGUUUCUGGCUUUCGUGCUAGCGUCUGUUCUUUCAGCCGGCAUACAGGGAGCCUCGGUUAAAAAAUUAGGAACGUUCUCAGCACCUCAUGCUGCCUUUAUAGAAGUUGUAGAAGACACGCAUGCGAGUUCAGCGAAGGAUAAAUAUCAUUUAUUUAUAUCAAGUUUCAACGCAGUUCCUCUUAGUAAAGAUCAUGUGUAUGAAGUGACGAAGAUCGGGUCUCACCUUCAUAACGUCGCCGGCAUCAAAGUCAUCACAGCUACAUCAUCUGUUACCUGGCCGAAUGAAGUUGGCGCGGUACCAGAAAGUGUAUUUCACAAGAAUAUGAUGAGUGUAUCCGGUGGUUUUCUGGUGCCACUAAAGGCACAUGGCGUCAUAGAUCUGUUCGAUUAUUCAUCCGCUCCACCAAAAGGACCUUACAGAAUCACCGAUAACUCUGCCGAUGCUGCUUGGUUCUACCACAGAGUUCAAUGGAAGGAUAUGAACGGUGAUGGCCGAGUUGAUGCCGUGUCCUGUAGAGCUAAGAAACCCAUUUUAUUUGGAAGCGAGGACGGUGAAUUGGUUUGGUUUGAACAGCCAUCUUCUGGUGCUCUUUCAUCCACGUGGAAAACCCACGUGUUAGCUCAUGGUCCUGAUGUGUAUUUUGAAAUAACCAGUCUACCAACAUCAAAUGGUAAAAUGGAUUGUAUUGUCACAGCUGGCUUCUUCUCUAAAUCUCUCAACAUCUACUGGACAACAGAUCCACAUGGCAGAUGGAAUGAUGCUUCUAAGAUUAAAAGCCGUGUAAUAGACAACCAUAUCAAGGCCGUGUUUGACGUAAAGGUUGUUGAUCUUGACAAAGAUGGCAAACUUGAUCUACUGGUCACUAGUAAUGAUGCUAGAAAUGCUGGGAUGUACGCGUUUGAAAUACCUUCAGAUUUCAGAACUGGAACAUUUAAACAGCAUGUCAUUGCUACUGGUUUCGCUUCUCGUGCAUCAGGAAUGGGCAAGGGAGCACCAGGAUCACCGGAAGUAGUUUACGAGAACGAACAUCAUAAAACCGGGAAACCGAUGAUAAUUUUAUCAGGCGAUGAUGAUGGUCGAGCUCAUUUAUUAAAACCAAGAUCAACAUCACAUGGUGAUUUUACAUAUUCUAUGGAGACCAUCUUGGAUGUAGGAUCUGGUACCGUGGGUAAAAUAGCCCAUAAAGAUGUAGAUGGCGAUGGCUAUCCAGAAGUAUUUAUACCAGCAUAUAAUGCCGGCAAGGUGUAUGUGUAUACAUUCAAACCAUAAUAUUUAUACCAGCAUAUAAUUCCGGCAAGGUGUGUGUGUAUACAUUUAAACCAUAAUAUUGUAAUAAAAUCAUUCUAAAAUA